AUGAAAUUUGCAAAUUAUAUUAGCAAGUAUGUAGCAAUUUUUAUUUUAGCAAGCAUCGUAGUAUGUGAAGAAGAUGAUGAUGAUGAAAUGAACUAUAAAUACGAUUGCGGAGAAGAGUAAAAUUCAAAUAACAUGAAUUCAUGCAGUAUUUAGGGAAUGAUGCACCAUAAAGAUAAAUAUGAAGUUUUUGUAAUAGAAUCAUCAAACAAUUACUUUAUAAGAUAAUAUUUUGAGUAGAAUUAGCAAACAUGGAACAUCAUAAAAAAAUCUACAUAAAGCUCUUCUUUAGAUUUGGUUAUAAUAAACGAAAAUAUUGAUUGGAAAAUAGUUAACGACCAUGUUAUAAUUAGUGUUUGGCCUCUCUCAAACUAAUUCUACAAUAAAGCUAAUUUUUAUAAAAAUGCAGAAAAACUUCAUAGAUCUGGAAAAAUAGGAGAAUUAUCUAUUAACGAUGUCAUGCCUCUAACUUAUUUUAUUGAUAUGAACUUACCAAAAUUUUCAGAUGAAGAAAAAGAAUUCUUUAGAGUUCAUAAAAGCGGAGUUUGGAUUAAAAAGCCAGUAGAAGAUCAUAGAUGUAAGGGAAUAGAAGUUUUUGAUGAUUUAAAAUAAUUUUAAUUAAAGGUUGGAAAAAAUAAACCUUUUAAAAAGUAAAACUAUCCUUAAGAUAAAAAAUCUUGGAUUGUAUAAAAAUAUAUAGAAAACUCUCUCUUAAUAGAAGGUAGAAAGUUUGAUGUUCGUUGCUUUGUUUUAGUUGCUUCUUUUGAUCCAUAUGUUUUAUUAUAUCACCCUGGUUACGUUAGGAGAAGCUUAGAACAAUUUUCACUUUAGGAUCUAUCUAAUAAGUUUAUACAUUGUGUUAAUUAAUCAGUUCAAAUGAAACAUAAGAAUUACUAACAAAGAAAGCUGGAAACAAUAUGGACUUAUGAACAUUUUGAAAACUGGUUAAAAUAAAAUAAUUAAAAUCCCCUUUAAAUUGAGGAAAAUAUGAAAAAGAGAUUAGCUUAUAGUGCAUUAGGCUAAAAAGAAUUCGUCACUACUGGGAAAAGGUAGCUUCAUAUAAAUAAAUUUUAGUUAUUUGGAGCAGAUGUUAGUUUUGAUGAUAAAUACACUCCUUACGUAAUAGAAUUUAAUGAAGAAGUCUAUCUUGGAUAGUAUCAUAUCCCAGAUCUUGAUGUAAUUUUCAAGUAAGUAGUUAAAUCUAUGCUUUAAAUUGAAUAAAAUCAUAUGAAAUAUCAUAAAAUACCUCACUAUUACUUUUCUUCGCCUCAAUUCUUAGAAGAUAUGGGCAAAUUCUAAAUUCUUUACAAUGAAGCUACAAAUUACUCAAUUAUUUAAUGA